AUGGCGGUAGGAGCAUCGGAAAUAGAGAUUUUGAAGCCCCGUUGCGACAAACGAGAGUACAGGAGGAUCGUCCUCGCAAAUUCGCUGGAGGCACUCAUAAUCAGCGAUCCCGAAACUGAUAAGGCGGCCGCUUCGAUGAAUGUCUCAGUUGGCUCCUUUAGCGAUCCUGAUGGCCUCGAGGGUUUGGCUCAUUUUCUCGGCAGAAUAAUUAGCAUUCACCUAAUGCUCGGUAUUCAUUUCAGAAUGUUCUGGGAGUCUAAAAACUUUGAAGGAUGUACAGACUCAGUUGAGCCUUGGUAUGGCACCUCUUACAGUGUUGAAAAAGUCACAGUUUCUAUUAUCAAGCAUUGGAUAGCAAAAGCUCCUGAAGUUGAUUUGCAUCUUCCAAAACAAAAUGUAUUCAUUCCAUCAGAUUUGACAAUAAAAAAUGCUCAAGAGAAGGUUAAGUACCCCAUUCUCUUAAGGACGUCAAGUUUCUCAAGAUUGUGGUAUAAACCUGAUACCAUGUUCUCGAUGCCUAAAGCUUACAUCAAAGUUGAAUUUAAUUGCCCACCCUCGAUUGUUUCUCCAGAAGCUGAAGUUCUUACUUAUAUCUUUACAAAAUUACUAAUUGAUUAUCUAAAUGAGUAUGCAUACUAUGCCGAAGUUGCUGGUCUUUACUAUGGCAUAUACAACACUAGCACGGGAUUUGAGGUGAUUGUGGUGGGUUAUAAUGACAAGAUGCAAAUCCUCUUAGAAACAAUAGUUGGUAGAAUUGAGCAAUUCGAAGUGAAGCCUGACAGAUUUUUUGUGAUCAAGGAGUCUAUUACCAAAGAGUAUGAGAACUUCAAAUUUCAACAGCCAUAUCAGCAAGCAUGGCACUAUUCUUCAUUAUUGCUGGAGUCCAACACUUGGCCUUUGAAUGAAAAACUUGAAGCUCUCCUACAUCUAGAACCAGAUCAUCUUUCUAAAUUCUCAAACAUCUUAUUGGAAAAGGCAUUUUUAGAAUUCUAUACUGCAGGAAACAUCGAACCAAGGGAAGCAGAUUCAAUUGUUCAGCGUAUUGAGGACGUAUUGUUUAAAUCUACUCAUCCUAAGUGCAAACCUCUUUUCCCAUCCCAGCAUCUUGCAAACCGAAUUAUAAAGCUUGAAGAAGGUUUACGUUACUACUACCCUGCUGAAGUCUUGAAUAUUAAAGAUGAAAAUUCUGCUCUGAUCCACUAUACUCAGAUACAUCAAGAUGAGAUCAAGCUUAAUGUUAGACUUCAAUUGUUUGCCCUAAUAGCGAAGCAAGCAGCAUUCCAUCAGCUUCGAACAGUUGAGCAACUUGGUUAUAUAACUGUGCUUACGCAAAGGAAUGAUUCAGGCACAAGAGGAGUGCAAAUUAUAAUUCAAUCUUCAAUAAAAGAUCCACCAUACCUUGAGGCUAGAGUUGAUGCUUUUCUAGAAAUGUUUGAAAGUAAACUUCAAGAAAUGACAAACGAAGAAUACAAGAAUUACGUUAAUGCCCUGAUUGAUAUGAAACUUGAGAAAUUCAAGAACUUGUGGGAGGAGUCUGCAUUUUAUUGGAGAGAAAUUGUUGACGGAACUCUCAAGUUUGAUAGGGUAGACUCUGAGGUUGCAGCAUUAAAGGAACUUGGCAAGGAUGAACUGAUAGAUUAUUUCAACAAGUUCAUCAAAAUCGAUUCACCACAAAGAAAAACGCUGUGUGUCCAAGUCUACGGCGGCCCUCAGACUGCUGAAUACAAGAAGGUGAUACAACAGGAAGAUACGCCCAAACUUCAUCGGAUCAAAGAUAUAUUUACCUUCAGAAGGUCAAGGCCCUUGUUUGGUUCCUUUAAGGGGGGCCUCAGCCUCACGAAACUGUGAGCUCCUUUAAGAUGAACAGCAACCACAAAGCCUCCCCAUUCGAACCUCAUGUUCUCAUUUCUUAAUCCAUUUUCUUGUGAUAAUCUUAUAAACAAGUCGAUACCGACUACCAGUCUACCAUAUAAUUUUCCAUUCAGAUUGCCGCAAGGAAUGUAAUAUACAAUGACAAACUCCUUUCCACUCUAUCUUAUUGUUUCAGGAUGCAA